CUCUAGUUCGGUAGUCCCGGCUUGCCUACUGCCUUCCUUUCUCGUUUGAGGAGUCGGACAUUGCCUUUCUUCCCUCAGGAGGACUACUGUACAGACUCCGAGGAAUCUGAUUUUCAGCUGUCCAACCAAAGUCCAGUGCUCUGCUACUCAAAAGUGUAGACUGGGAACCAGCAGCAUCAACUUCUGAGGUCUACUCCAGACUGUUGAAUCAGAACCUGCAUUUUUAACAAGAACUCCCACUCCUUGGCGCAAGUAGGAAACAUCUGGAGAAAAUGACACAUUGGUUUCAUAGGAACCCAUUAAAAGCCACAGCUCCUGUCUCUUUUAACUACUAUGGUGUAGUCACUGGCCCUGCUGCUUCAAAAAUUUGCAGUGACCUGAGAUCAUCUAGAGCACGCCUGCUUGAACUGUUCACUGAUCUGAGCUGUGAUCCAGAAAUGAUGAGAAAGGCAGCAGACUCGUAUUUUUCACUUUUACAAGGUUUCAUUAAUUCAUUGGAUGAAUCUACCCAAGAAAGCAAGUUAAGAUACGUUCAAAAUUUCAAGUGGACUGACACAUUGCAGGGACAGGUUCCAAGUGCCCAGCAGGAUGCUGUUUUUGAAUUAAUUUCCAUGGGAUUUAAUGUUGCUUUAUGGUAUACCAAAUAUGCUUCAAGACUGGCUGGAAAAGAAAACAUAACAGAGGAUGAAGCAAAAGAAGUCCAUCGAAGCUUAAAAAUUGCAGCUGGGAUUUUUAAACAUUUAAAGGAAAGUCAUAUCCCAAAGCUCAUUACACCUGCAGAAAAGGGGCGGGAUUUAGAGGCACGACUCAUAGAAGCUUACAUCAUCCAGUGUCAGGCUGAGGCUCAAGAAGUAACAAUUGCUCGAGCAAUUGAGCUGAAACAUGCUCCUGGACUAAUUGCUGCUCUGGCAUAUGAAACAGCCAAUUUCUAUCAGAAAGCUGAUCAUGCUUUAUCCAGUUUGGAGCCUGCAUACUCUGCUAAAUGGAGAAAAUAUCUUCACUUGAAAAUGUGUUUCUACACAGCUUAUGCUUACUGUUAUCAUGGUCAGACUUUGUUGGCUAGUGAUAAAUGUGGUGAAGCAAUCAGGUCGCUCCAAGAAGCAGAAAAAUUUUAUGCGAAGGCAGAAGCAUUAUGCAAAGAAUAUGGAGAAACCAAAGGACCUGGACCAACAGUCAAACCUUCGGGACACUUGUUCUUUAGGAAACUUGGAAAUCUUGUGAAGAACACUCUAGAAAAAUGUCAGCGAGAAAAUGGAUUUAUUUACUUUCAAAAAGUUCCAACAGAAGCCCCACAACUGGAACUCAAAGCAAAUUAUGGUCUCGUAGAACCUGUACCUUUCGAAUUUCCUCCUCCAAGUGCACACUGGACACCAGAAACAUUGGCUGCUUUUGAUCUCACCAAAAGACCCAAGGAUGAUAGUGCUAAACCCAAACCAGAAGAAGUGGUGAAACCUGUGAAAGAACCAGAUAUCAAACCUCAAAAAGACACUGGGUGCUACAUCUCCUAAAAUACAUUGAUCCAGUGUGCACUUUGAAUUUCUCUACCAGUGGAUAGGAUAAACCGUGGAACUUCAUGUAUCUUGCAAUGACUUCUCUAAAGCCUAUAGAUUAAUUUAGUACAUUCAGAAGGAAUCUUCCUUUAGUUUAUUCUUGAUUUCUAACACAGUAGAGAUGUUUUCUACUUUGUUUCCAAACUCCUUUUGAAUCAGGACAACCUGUGGACAAUUUUUGUUGCACCUCUAAGGGCAUAUUUGGGGACUGGGUUUUUUCUCCGAACAUCUGGGUAGUAGUCAGUUUCAGGUUAAACACUAUAGGCCAGAAUCAUGUGGUUUCAGGUGUUUUUCUAUCUUCACAAAGAAAAAUUUAUUUUCCUUCCUCUUAUUUGAUACCAGAAGAAUGACAAGAAUCAGUUUUUAACAGAUAGUUUUUUCCCCUCUCCAUUAUGUCAGCUGGUAGCACAGACUUGUUAUAUUCCGUGUCAGUUAUCUUUUCUGGUGGGGAAAAAUAUUACUUUCAGUUAAGGAUCAAAAAAUCUUCAUACCAAAUCAUUUACAUGUGUUGGAGUCUAUAACUUACUCAUUACGUUUAUAGGUAUAUUAAGAUCAUCCAAAAACUUAACUCCUCUGCUGGUAGCCCUGCACUUCAUUUCAGCCUCAAUAAAACAAACCUACAAUAUUUUUUAAAGUAGUUUUUGUAAUGGAUUUUUUUUACCUAGGGGACAGAACUUUGUAACAGCUCUUAGUGUUUCUAUGUGAGGAGACAGUGAAAUGUUUUUGUAGAAGUCAUAUAUUGCAUGGUGAAAAGAAGGAACUUGAAAACUAAACAGAAUAGGUUGUCCUGAAUAAUACUUGGUAAAUCUCUGCUUCUUUGUUGCAGAAGUUAGAGUAAUGCCUUUGUUAACCUGAUUUCAGUGUAAGUGGUUUUUAUAUAGUUUUCUAAUAACACUUAACCUUAUCAGAAUUGUAAUGCUUUAGGUCAAAGGCCAUAGCAAAAAC